AUGUUUAAAAGAAAAGGAAAAAUCAACAAGAAACAGGCAUCCACCUUGAACACUAUUACUAUACCACCCAUUGAACCAAUUUCGUUUAAUGUUGCACCAGAUGAUAUUCCAUUGUUAUACUAUUCCAUGAAAUCAAUUGUCAUUAAAUUAGAACCUUACAUGGAGCAAUCAUUAGGAUAUUCAGGGGUUACCAAGCCAUUCUCUGCAAACAUUUCAUCUGUUGUGGUGGAUACUUCACUGUUGGAUACUAAUAUGUUGAAUAAAAGUGAUGCUUUGGAUUUGAAUAUUGUGUUGACCGGUAACAACAACAAGCGCAAAGAAAGCAUGGACGAAGUGGAUUUAAAUCAGCACAUACCAUUUCAGAAUGCAGGUAGUACACUGGAAAGAACAAAUGAGGGAAUAAUAUGUGACAACGAAUUAGGUCAAGUAGGUAGAGCUGAAGAAGAUAGUGCAAGUGUUGAUGUAUGCUACAAGAACAGUGACAAGAACAGGGACAAGUCUAUGAAAACUAAUAAAGAAUGUGAUGUUAUCAUUAUGGACACAAACACAGCUACCAAUACUGCAUUGUCAGAAUUACUUCACGAGUACGAAUAUGAAUCCAAUGCUUACCGCGAAUAUGACUUAGAUUGUAACUACACCUUAUCCACUUCAACUGUUGAUUGUGAUGAUAACGAUGACGAUACAAUUGCCAAUGAUGCAAAAACAAAGAAUCACGACACCCAUGCUGCUGCUACAAAUAACCCAAUUCAAGAAAGAGACGAUUAUUUGGCAACUAUUCUUGAAGAGUAUUCGCCAUUUUAUAAUUUCCCAUACGAUGAAGAAACAAGUGAAAUUGAAAGAACAUGUUAUAAUCCUUAUAAGAUGGUAUUUUCAGGUCAAUUUUGA